CAAUCAUCGCCUUGGAAGCUUCAUCACGAUACUACUUUGAUUCUUCUUCCCUCUUCAGAAAUGCAAUGUGCAAAUUCAAUUCCAUGGUUUUGGAAGUCCCAUUGAGAACACGAUUCAUUUGAGCCGGCAUAAUGCUCUGACCGAGAAAGAAUUGAAGUACCACGCUGAGUAUUGUUAUCCCGAUAGUUCUUUCGUCUCAGUCCGUGUGUAUUCCCGGGCGAAUGUGCUCGUGUGGUCUCAGGAGUUGCGGAGGUCACGGCUCUGGGACAGCCGUUUCAUCGCCCUAUGCUGCAGAACCUGCCCCGGAAGAGAGAGCCCAGAGAAUUGCCAAAGCUGUCCGCAAACAGUCAAUAGAAGUGAAGGAAAAUUGGGAACAACUGAAAAUCCGUGCGAGCAACUGGCAGAAACAGGUGGAAAAGGCGUUGGAGAAACUUCAAGAACUGGAGAAACAGCUCGACUCUGCCAAAAGCUGGUGA